AAGAAACAAUUUUGUGGCAACAACUAACAAUAUAAUCAUGAUUUCAAGUCUAGUAGUUAAUGAACAUAUAUGAAUUAUCAUACAGAAUCUACAAGAUAUUGAUAGACAAACAGUUCACUAUAUUGCAUAGACGGUUAAUAGAUCAAGGUUACAAAUUGUAAAAACUAAGUAACUUUUCAUACUACUACUACUACUGUUAUAACAAAAAAAUAUGAACAGCAUAGUUAUUAGUACAUUCAGAAUAAAUAAGUAUUUUAUCUAAACAAUUCAAAUACAAGAGUAAUAAUACAAAUGAAUGUACAUAUUUAAAGUUGUUCAAAUUAACUGAAAUUAAAAAAUAACUACCUGAUUAUAAAAGUAGAAAUUUAAUCAAUAAACUCGCAAAAUUUGUGAGCAUGACCUCAAUUUUUCAUGACAGACACAGGAAUUCACGUUAUUAAAAGCAGGUAAUCAAUUUAUUUACGAGAGUAUCGCAUAUAAUUAGCGAAAACUACACUAAAAAUGAAUGUAAACAUUUUAUGUUGUUAAGAGUAAUAAUCGAAGUUUGUGUAGUAUUGUAGUAAGCUCUACCAGGUGUCAAUUUAUUGUCUCAAUCUUAAAAUUACAUUUUCUAGAAAGAAAAUACACACGGAUUACUUGAUAAUAAAAACUAGGCAUUGCCCAGCAGUACAUAAAUAAGAAAAAUACGCCCAAUUUCAAUUUAGUGUCUUUUGAAGGUUUAUAACGUUCACCAGAUUGCAGUUUGAAAGGAAAAUAGGUCCGCCUUUAUUUGCUCUAAUGCGAUCGGCAAGAAUGUUAAUAAACCCCAUGUGAUCAAUAUUUCACCAUAAAAUUUUCGAUUACGACAGAACACUGAAUGUUUAGUUACAAACAAACUAGUUUGUCGAUAGGUCAUUUCAAUAUAACUGUUUGAUAUUGUGUGUGGAUUAGAGGUUUGUAAUUAAUAAAUAAAUUGCCAAAUAAAACAGGAUAUCAUGAAAAUCUACUUGACCGAAGUUACUUAUAAAAGCUUUCUCAUGUUUUAAUUAUAAUGAAUAUCAGAUAAUUUAGUAGGUACAGAGGUUUGAUACGAUCGGACUGAUAUUCACUAGUUAUAUAGUUUAAUAUUCAAUAAAUGAUUGAAAUGUUAAGUCUUACUCCACGUACACUAGUUUAGACUACUGGGUAAGAUCAUGAUCAUGCAUAUAAUUUGAGAUCAAUUAUUUACUGUUUAUAAUAAACCAGUUGUAUGGAAAGGAACACAAUUUCAUCCAAGACGCAUCACAGCAACCAUAUAUCAAACUAGUCAAAAAUCUCUAAAGCGUAAGAUAUAUUUAGCACUACUCAGUGUCUGCAACAGUACAUUAAUCAUAAAAAUAAACAGAAAAUUAGUAUGACUAAUGGAUUAGUGAUUACGGCACUUGAACUUUAACCAGUAAGUUGCAAGUUCGGAUUCCGCCUCGCCAGCUUGCUUGAAGAUUCACGUGGUAUCACCAGCCUUCAUAGUAUGAAUUAUACCCGAUUACAUGAAAGGACCUGGUAAAUAAGUUAUUUCAAAUUAAUCAUCACCUGGUAAGACAAGUUUUAAUAAUCACAAAAAUGACUGAUGAGACAGGUACUAACGAAAUAAUUAAAGUACACUUAAUGAUUUAUGAGUACUACAGUGAGAUUGGUAUUCCGAGCUGUACUACCAUGACACUUAAUAUCACGAUAAAAUUCAUCAAAUGACAUCUGAAAGUGAUUAGAUGGAGGAUUAAGCAGGUUAGAUAAAAAUGUACAAGAAAGUAUAAAAAUGUUAAAUGAUAAUUUUGGAAAAGCUCGGUUAUCUAAAAUUUAUGAGUCUUAAUUACAGUUACCCAACUUAGGAUCGCUUUGAUAAAGUCAACCCUAUUACACUGUUUGGAGAAUGCUCUGCACUCUGAAUUCUUACAUCUAUGAACGUUCAUUGAACAAUUAGUUGGAUGACCAGCCCCUGAUUUACUUACAACAUCACUUACUUCUUUAGCUGUAAACUGAAAAGUAUUGGUCUUGAAAUCAAAUUAAUUACGAUUACACCUAAAAGCAAUCAGAAGAGUCAAUUGCGCUUCAUUUUAAUACACAAAAAAUUAGGUGUACAAACUGUCUAAAUAUUUAAUUAUUACUGCUCAGUCAAACCCCCAAAACGCGAUAGCUUAAUAUGACUGAUGACUAUUGUUUACACUGAAAAUAAAAUGGGUUACAUACUAGUAUUAUUUUUUCAGUCAUAUUAAUUAUUGAAUUUAAUAAUUCAAUUCAAUUGUCAUCCAAUGCUACGCGCCUACCAACGACUACAAUGAAGACGCUAAGGAUCAAUUCUACGAUAGGCUGCAGUCAAUCGUCGAGAAGUGCCCAACAAAGGACCUGACUAUUCUGAUGGGAGACCUAAAUGCCAAGGUUGAAAUUGACAACACCGGAUAUGAAGAGAUCAUGGGACGACACGGACUGGGAGAAAGGAACGAAAACGGGGAAAGAUUUGCAAAUCUAUGUGCCUUCAAUAAACUAGUCAUAGGUGGCACUAUAUUCCCACAUAAACGCAUACACGAAACCACAUGGACUUCACCGGAUCACACCACACAGAACCAAAUCGACUAUAUCUGCAUCAACAAAAAGUUCAGGAGGACGAUGGAGGACGCGAGAACCAAGAGAGGAGCUGAUAUAGCAUCAGAUCAUCACUUGCUGGUCGCCAAGAUGAAAUUGAAACUCAAGAGGCACUGGACAACGGGGAGGACAAUAUCCCAAAAAUUUAAUACGGCUCUUCUUCGGGAUAAUGACAAACUCAAUAAAUUCAAGAUAACCCUCAGCAAUAAGUUCCAAGCCUUUCAUGAUCUACUCAAUGGAGAAGGAACUACUAUGGAGAGCAACUGGAAAGAGAUAAAAGAGGCAAUCACUUCAACAUGUCAUGAGGUUCUGGGCCAAAAGAAGCACCAUCACAAGGAUUGGAUCACGGUCGAUACACUGGAUAAGAUUCAAGAAAGGAGGAACAAGAAAGCAGCAAUCAAUACCAGUCGAACAAGAGCAGAAAAAGUCAAGGCACAGGCUGAAUACACAGAAGUAAACAAGCAAGUGAAGAAGAACAUCAGAACUGACAAAAGUAAAUAUGUGGAAGAUUUACCAAUGACGGCGGAAAAGGCUGCCAGAGAAGGAAACAUGGGACAACUGUAUGACACAACAAAGAAACUCUCCGGAAAUCACCGUAAACCAGAACGACCAGUGAAAAGCAAGGAAGGCAAGAUAAUCACCAACAUUGAAGAACAACGAAACAGGUGGGUAGAACACUUCAAAGAACUCUUGAAUCGACCAGCCCCACUGAACCCACCCAACAUCGAAGCAGCACUCACGGACCUCCCAAUUGAUGUUGGCGCACCGACAAUUGAAGAAAUCAGCAUGGCUAUCAGACAAAUCAAGAGUGGCAAAGCAGCAGGACUAGACAGCAUUCCAGCAGAGGCACUGAAAGCAGACGUAGCGGCAACUGCAAGGAUACUCCAAACUCUCUUCAGAAAGAUCUGGGAUGAGGAACAGGUACCAAAAGACUGGAAAGAAGGACUUCUAGUCAAAAUACCAAAGAAAGGCGAUCUCAGCAACUGUGACAACUACAGGGGAAUCACUCUUCUUUCAAUACCGGGAAAAGUCUUCAACAGGGUAUUGUUAAACAGGAUGAAGGACUCCGUAGACGCACAACUUCGCGACCAACAGGCAGGAUUCCGUAAGGAUAGAUCGUGCACAGACCAAAUCGCAACUCUACGGAUCAUUGUGGAACAAUCAAUUGAAUGGAAUUCAUCACUCUAUAUCAACUUCAUCGACUACGAAAAAGCAUUUGAUAGCGUGGACAGAACAACCCUAUGGAAGCUUCUUCGACACUACGGCGUCCCUCAGAAGAUAGUCAACAUCAUAUGGAGUUCCCAUGAUGGAUCAAACUGCAAAAUUGUGCAUGGAGGACAACUGACAGACUCGUUCGAGGUAAAGGCGGGUGUCAGGCAAGGUUUUUUACUCUCACUCUUUCUCUUCCUCCUGUUGAUCAACUGGAUCAUGAAGACGUCAACAUCUGAAUGGAAGCACGGGAUACAGUGGACAGCUAGGAUGCAGUUGGAUGAUCUAGACUUCACAGAUGAUCUGGCUCUUCUAUCGUACACACAACAACAAAUGCAGGAGAAGACAACCAGCGUAGCUGCAGCCUCAGCAGCAAUAGGUCUCAAUAUACACAAAGGGAAAAGCACGAUUCUCCGAUACAACACAGCAUGCGACAAUCCAAUCACACUUGACGGAGAAACUUUGGAAGAUGUAAAAACCUUUACAUAUUUGGGCAGUAUCAUCGAUGAACAUGGUGAAUCUGAUGCAGAUGUGAAGGCACGGAUUGGCAAAGCAAGAGCAGCAUAUUUACAACUCAAGAAUAUCUGGAACUCAAAACAAUUGGCAACUAACACCAAUGUCAGAAUUUUCAAUACAAAUGUCAAGACAGUUCUACUGUAUGGGGCCGAAACCUGGAAAACUACGAAAUCCAUCGUCCAAAAGAUACAGGUGUUUAUUAACAGUUGUCCACGCAAAAUACUUCAAAUCCGCUGGCCGGACACUAUUAGCAACAACCUACUGUGGGAGAGAACAAAUCAGAUCCCAGUGGAGGAAGAAAUCAGGAAGAAGUGCUGGAAGUGGAUAGGACAAACAUUGAGGAAAGCACCGAACUGCGUCACAAGACAAGCCCUCACAUGGAAUCCUCAAGGUCGAAGGAGGAGAGGAAGACCAAAGAACACAUUACGCCGAGAAAUGGAGAUAGGUAUGAGAAAAAUGAACAAGAACUGGAUGGAACUAGAAAAGAAGGCCCAGGACAGAGUGGGUUGGAGAAUGCUGGUCGGCGGCCUAUGCUCCAUUGGGAGUAACAGGCGUAAGUAAGUAAGUAAUUAUUGAAUUGUUUUAGGUGUAAAAUAUAAUCCUUGAAAUAACAAAAUCCACGUUACUACGUCACAACACCAAAGUAGUUUAAGCAAACAAAAGUACCAAAAACAUUUGUGAUUCACCUUAAGAAUCAAAUAGAAAAAGAUUUUUGAUACUUGCUAUUAUAUACUCUCUUUAAGAUAAGGUAUAAUCCUUCAGUGUGCAAGCGAACAGAAAAUUUUCCCAAGUGUUUUC